GAGCCGUAGAGCGGGCGGUCGGAGGUGAUCGGAGGAGAAUCAUGGCGACUCUGUGCGGCGGGACCGGGACGGUGAAACACGCCACCAAGGAGGUACAGAGGAUCUGUGAUGAGGUGAAGGUUCAUGUGGAGGAGAAAACCGGGAAGAAGUUUGAGGAGUUCAAGGCCACAUCGUUCAGCGCUCAGACGGUGGCAGGAACAAACUACUUCAUCAAGGUGAAAGUCGGAGGGGACGAUUACCUUCACGUCAAAGUCUUCAGGUCUCUCCCGAGUGACGGAUACAAACUCAACAUGCAGGGGGUCCAGAGCCCCAAAACACACAAAGAUCCCAUCGACUAUUUCUAACACACACACACACACACGUCUCCAUACCAAGAGAAAUAAAAUCUCUGAACUGAA